AUGAAGACCACUCUGCUUUCCGCUUUGCUGUCCUGUUCAGUCCUUGUACAGUCAAAAUGGACCAACAACUUGAACUACCGCUCGCCUUCGGAGCACCACCCUGGUCUUGGGAUAUCACUUCACAAGGUCAACAAGAGAAACACACCAGAGAAGCAUUUCACCGCUGAGCAGCUCAACUUCACCCAUGGAGUGGCCUCGGGAGAUCCGCACCCAAAUUCCGUCAUCCUCUGGACGAGGGCAUCUCCCAUGUUUGACAAUGUGGCCAGCAAUUCAACCGUCACUGGUUAUGCGCCUCUCUACGGCCACGGACCAUUGCAAGUCAGCACCGCUCCGGUUUGUGUCGAAUACAAAGURGCAAAGACAGCAGACUUCAAGGAUGUUGAAAGCUGUGGCAAGGCCUACACUUCCAGUGAUAUUGACUACACCGUAAAGGUCGAGGCGAAGAACUUGACUGCGUGGACACGCUAUUACUACCAGUUCAACGUCUGUGACAGCAAUAAGACCAGCCCUCUCGGACGAACAAAGACGACUCCCGCUGAGAAUGACCUCGUCGCGAAAGUUGGGCUGGCCAUCUACUCGUGUGCCAACUUCCCAUUUGGCUUCUUCAAUGCGUAUGGCAAUGCGGCUCGUAAAGAUAGCGUGGAUUUCGUUGUUCACCUCGGGGACUACAUCUACGAAUCUGCCGGAGAUGGAGAUUAUGGCGACGGAUCCAGUAUCGAUCGUAUUCCCAAGCCCGAGUCUGUCAUUUUUACCCUUCAGGACUACCGCCAAAGGCACGCGACCUAUCGUACUGAUCAGGAUCUCCUGCUCUCGCACGCCACCUACCCCUGGAUCCCGGUGUGGGAUGACCAUGAAGUGUCUGACAACACAUACCGUGAUGGAGCUGCCGAGUUGAACAAUACCGAAGCUUCUUUUGUCAUGGAUGGCGGUGUUUCCGUGGACCAACGCAAGAUGAAUGCCGUGCGAGCGUACUUUGAGUGGAUGCCCAUCCGCCAGGUCGAGAUGGAUGACGGGCUUCGCAUCUGGAGAUCAUUCAAGAUCGGCUCACUGUUCGACUUGAUCAUGCUUGAUACCAGACAGUACGACCGUAGCAUUACUGACCUUUAUUGGAACACCGAUUACAUUCACGAGAUCUCCAAUGACGCUAGUAGGUCAUUGAUGGGUCCUCGCCAGGAGAAUUGGUUCUAUAACACACUGGGAGAGUCAGCUACGCGUGGUGCACGUUGGAGAGUCAUUGGCUCCCAGACCGUGUUCUCCAAGGUCAACGAAAGCGUUGCUUUUGGCAACACAAACCCUCUCGAUUACGAUGCCUGGGAUGGAUAUCAAGCCAACCGUAACCGGACCUUGAAUUUCCUGACGGCGAACGACAUUGGAAACAACAUCGUCAUUGCUGGCGACAGUCAUGCCUCUUGGGUAUCUGAUCUAGUCUGGCUCGACCAUGCCAACUACUCCUCGGAGACAGGAGCUGGAGGUCUAGGUGUAGAGUUCGCCGGCUCGGCCGUCUCUUCACCCUGCCCCUAUGGCCAGAACAUCACACUCAAAAGUGCGAACAACUUCAGUGAUGCUCUCGAAGCCGCGAAUCCCGAACUUCACUGGAAUGAUCUCUACUACCGCGGAUACUUCGAACUCCAACUUUCGUACGAUGAAGUCAAUGCUUCUUUCUUUGGACUGCCCACCAUCAUUACUCGCAACCCGCUCGAGAUCUCGCUCGCCAACUUCACUGUCAAGAGUGGAGCGAACCGACUCUCGCGGCCGAUUGCGGGUGGUAUCGCGGAGAGUGGCAGUUUGAAGGGAGGUAUGAUUUCGCAGACGAAUGUUACGAAUAACACGGAGACUGGAGAGUAUACAAUCAGUCAUGAGAAUGUGGAGGACAUUUGA